UUAGAGGGAAGUGGCGUCAGUAUCGGGGCGGUGCUGCUCUGCUGCUUAUUGUUCUCUGUGUGUUAGAAAGAAAAGAACACAGAGAGGAAAACUACUGCUGCUGUUUGUUUAAUAAAGUUUAACUUUUGAACGAUCUGAUUACCUGAAGAAGAGGACGGACGGUUAGAUGAUUGGCAGGUGGAUAUGAGGACCGAGUCGGCGUGUCGUUUCUACAGCCAUCAGAUGAAGGGGAAGCACCUGGCCAUCAAGAAGAUGAACGAGAUCCAGAAGAACAUUGACGGAUGGGAGGGGAAGGACAUUGGCCAGUGCUGCAACGAGUUCAUCAUGGAGGGUACGCUGACCCGUGUGGGCGCCAAACACGAGCGCCACAUCUUCCUGUUCGAUGGCCUGAUGAUCUGCUGCAAGUCCAACCACGGACCGCCACGGCUGCCCGGCGCCAGCUCCACUGCAGAGUACCGGCUGAAAGAAAAGUUCUUCAUGCGCAAAGUCCAGAUAAAUGACAAGGACGACAAGGAGGGUGAGUACCGCCAUGCCUUCGAGAUCAUCCUGAAGGACGGGAACAGCGUGGUGUUUGCCGCCAAGUCCGCCGAGGAGAAGAAUGGCUGGAUGGCAGCGCUGAUCUCAUUGCAAUACCGCAGCACGCUGGAGCGCAUGCUGGACUCGGCCAUGCUGCAGGAGGAGAAGGAGGAGCAGAUGAGGCUGCCGGGAGCCGAAGUGUACCGGUUCGCUGAGCCGGACUCCGAGGAGAAUGUCGUGUUCGAGGAGAACGUCCAGUCCAAGUCCGGGAUCCCCAUCAUCAAAGCAGGGACGGUCCUGAAACUGAUUGAGAGGCUCACCUUCCACAUGUAUGCAGGUGAGGCGUGAUGUCACUCAGGUGUU